CGCCGCGCAUGCGCCGGGGCGGCCGGGCGGGCCGCGCGCGUUCCGCGAGAGUUGGAUGUCCCCGCUGCGGUCGCUCCUGGGGCUCGGGCUGCUGGUGGCGGGCUCGCGCCUGCCGUGCAUCAGAGCCCAGGCUGACGCCUGUCGCGCAGGCCCCACCUGGUGGGGACCCCGGCGGCUGAUGUCGGGUGGCCGCGGGGACGCAGAGGUCAUGGCGAGCGCGGCGGUGAGGUACCUGAGCCAGGAGGAGGCCCAGGCCGUGGACGAGGAGCUGUUCAACGAGUACCGGUUCAGCGUGGACCAGCUGAUGGAGCUGGCUGGGCUCAGCUGCGCCACCGCCAUCGCCAAGGCGUAUCCCCCCACGUCCAUGUCCAGGAGCCCCCCCACUGUCCUGGUCAUCUGCGGCCCCGGGAACAACGGAGGAGAUGGCCUGGUCUGUGCACGACAUCUCAGACUCUUCGGCUACCAGCCAACCAUCUAUUACCCCAAGAGGCCCAACAAGCCACUCUUCGCUGCACUGGUGACGCAGUGUCAGAAAAUGGACAUCCCUUUCCUCGCUGAAAUGCCCGCAGAGCCCGUGCUGAUUGAUGAGCUGUAUGACCUGGUGGUGGAUGCCAUCUUUGGCUUCAGCUUCAAGGGGGACGUUCGGGAGCCAUUCCGUAGCAUCCUGGGUGUCCUGAGUGGACUCACUGUGCCCAUCGCCAGCAUCGACAUUCCCUCAGGAUGGGAUGUGGAGAAAGGAAACCCUGGAGGGAUCCAGCCAGACUUGCUCAUCUCCCUGACUGCACCCAAAAAGUCUGCCACCCACUUUACCGGUCGCUACCACUACCUGGGGGGUCGUUUUGUGCCACCUGCUCUGGAGAAGAAGUACCAGCUGAACCUGCCACCGUACCCGGACACUGAGUGUGUGCACCGUCUGCAGUGAGGAGAGGCAGUGGGUGUUUUCCCCAAUAAAGCCUUGCUGCCCCCUCUCCCAGAA